AGUUAUAGCGGGAAAGUUUGAUUUGCGAUUUUGGCUGAAAAACUUUAUUUACAGUUUUGACAUAAAAACUCGAUUUGCGAUUUUGGCGUGAAAUUCUUAUUUUAUGAUUUUAGCGGAAAUUAAUUUUAUGGUUGACGGAAUAAUUAGAUUUUGUGGUUAAAAGAAAACUGAAAUCUCCUUUUCCAUAAUCAAUCUUUAUAUAUUUUUAUAUUUUCUUAAUAAUAAAAUUUUAUUCCAAAUAAACUUACAUUAAAUAUAAAUAUUAAAAACAUAAAAAUCAUAUAUCACUUUAAAUGGGUCUAAACGAGUUUAAAUGGGAUAAUUUAAUAUUUGCGUGUCUAAAUGAGUAACCCUAAUACUAAUACGUACAUCUUAGAACUAUAUGGAUCUAAACAAGUUCAGGACUUAAUUGGGGUGGGUUCUAUAUGAAAUGGAUUUAAGUGAGGAAGGUUUAUCCAUUUUAACAUCCCUAGAAGUACCUUUAUUUUCAUUUUUUUGGCCAGGGAAGUACAUUUAUUUAUUUAAACUCGUACUUUUUUCAAAGAAAGAAAGAAAUGCUCACACUUUUUCAAAUUAAAUACUAAAUAUAUGCAUGCUCAUUACGUAGAAAUUUCGCUUAUUUAAACCUCCCCUUUACAUUUGAUUCUUGAAAACAGUUAAGAUAAUAUUUUCAGACACGGCAAACCAAACACAUAGAAAGAAGCUUCAUUGAUGACGGAAACUGGUGAUCUUACUUCAGUUCCGGCCAGCGUGGUCACGCAGAUCCCAUUUCUUGUUAUCUUCAACGAGUUAACACGUGUGUUCAGUAAGGAUGCAAUUGGGCGAGAGAUACUAGGCAUAGCGUUUCCUGCGGCUUUAGCUUUAGCUGCUGAUCCAAUAGCCUCUCUGAUUGACACCGCUUAUAUCGGACGUUUAGGAGCGGUCGAGCUAGCAGCGGUUGGAGUAUCCAUUGCUAUAUUCAAUCAAGCUUCUAGAAUCACGAUAUUCCCAAUUGUGAGCGUCACAACUUCCUUUGUCGCUGAGGAAAACACGAUGGAGAAGAUAAAAGAAGAGGAAGAAGAAGCAAAGAAAAACAAUCGUGUUCAUGCAAAUACUUUAGCUGUUCAAGAUUCAUUAGAAAAAGGCAUUGCGUCGCCCACAAGUAACAACAUGAACCAGCCGCAGCAAACGCCCGAUACAAAAUCAAGCAGCGGAAACAAAGCAAAUAAGAAAGGAAAGAAGAAUAUCAAAUCGGCAUCAACGGCCAUGAUCAUAGGGCUAAUCCUGGGCCUUGUGCAAGCUAUAUUCUUGAUUUUCAGCUCGAAAGUGCUCCUAGGUGUCAUGGGAGUGAAACCGAAUUCGGCAGUGUUAUCACCAGCACACAAGUACUUGACCAUACGAUCAUUAGGUGCUCCUGCAUUGCUAUUAUCCCUUUCAAUGCAAGGCAUAUUUCGUGGCUUCAAGGACACCAAAACUCCUCUCUAUGCUACUAUCGUAGCAGAUGUUAUCAAUAUCAUUCUCGACCCAAUUUUCAUAUUUGUCCUUCACCUUGGCAUCAGCGGUGCAGCCAUUGCCCAUGUCAUUUCUCAGUACUUCAUGACUCUAAUACUAUUCACCCGCCUGGCGAGUAAAGUUAAUUUGAUGCCACCAAACUUCGCAGCUUUACAGUUCGGAAAGUUCCUUAAAAAUGGGGGGCUAUUGCUGGCGAGGACCAUAGCUGUGACGUUUUGUCAGACACUAGCAGCAGCAAUGGCGGCUCGGCUCGGAGCAACACCAAUGGCUGCUUUUCAGAUUUGUUUACAAGUCUGGUUAACUACUUCUCUCCUCGCUGAUGGUCUUGCUGUUGCCGGUCAGGCGAUUCUGGCUUGUUCUUUUACCGAGAAAGACUACAACAAAGUGUCUUCGUGUGCAUCCCGUGUUCUACAGAUGGGGUUUGUGCUAGGACUUGGACUGUCCGUUUUCGUUGGACUAGGACUAUACUUUGGUGCGGGAAUAUUCACCAAGGACCCUGCCGUUAUUCACCUCAUAGCAAUUGGAAUACCGUUUGUAGCAGCAACACAGCCAAUAAACUCACUCGCUUUUGUGUUGGACGGAGUCAAUUUUGGAGCAUCUGAUUUUGCUUAUACUGCAUACUCCAUGGUAGGAGUUGCGGCCAUAAGCAUUGCAGCAAUAAUAUACAUGGCAAAGUUCAAUGGUUUUCUAGGCAUAUGGAUAGCUCUUACCAUCUAUAUGGGCCUCCGAGCUAUUACUGGAAUUGCCAGGAUAGCAACUGGAACUGGACCGUGGAAAUUCUUGCGUGGUCGAUCCCCUUCAUCUUCCUAGGACUUAGUUUAUACUGAGAUGCAUCUUCUUCUGCAUUUCUUCGUUUUUGUUGUAUAUUUCUUGUGUUCUUUUCACAUUUUGCACGAAAGGGCUCUCUAUCUUGUUUAGCUUAAAGAGUUCCAGAUAAAUAAUUUGAUCAGGCGAUGAUUAUAUGGAGACCUAGAUGGCUAGACAUUUUCUUUGUGGAAACGUCUGGUUAGGCUAGGUGCUUCAAAGAAGUCUGUAACUCACAUCUAUGCGCUAUGUCCAUAAUAAUACUACUUUUUUUGCAAACU